UGGGGGGUUACCUGGUUGAGUACGGUGAAGGGAAGUACAUGUAAGAUAGGGCCAAUGUAAUAUUGUAAUAAUUCAGUUUGACUUAAAUUGCUGUAGACAACCUUAAACAGCAUGUCGGGCAGAAUAGAUGCACAAAUGCUGGAUCAAGAGAAAAGCGAAGAAGAGGAACAAAAAGAACCACUGCGUGUAGAAAUUGACAAAGACCAAAAAAAGACGACUGAAGACAUUUGUACACUAAACAAAGACGCGGAGAAAAGGAAAGUGCAUAAUGAUAAGAUUAAUAUUGUGAUGUUUGACCAACAAGGCUUAAAAUCAUGCUGUGUGUUUAUGCGCAAGAAGAAUUGUUCAAACUGUGAGUUGUGCAAGUUUAUUGCAUUGAUUCUUUCUGUGUUCACAAAUGUAGUUCUCAUUGUUUUCAUCGUUAUCGCUUUUUACGACAAACUGUACGACGACCCGUCGGGGAAAUCAUCGCAGAUUUCGUCACCACAAAAACUUGUACAAAACGAGGAGAGAAAUAGACCGCACAGCGUGUGCGUGAAGUGUAAUAUUGGUGAUCAAAAACUGCAAAGACAGCUACAUACAGUUUCUGGACUUAGUUCAGAUGAUCUUUGUUGUAAAGAAGACGUUACGUCUGUUAAGAUUCUUACAACUUUGAUUGCCUCCGAGAGAAAGAGACAGAAAACAGAAGACUACCUUUUCUUGUAUUUCCCAUCCUACGUCAACAAUGGUAAGCCGCGUAGAAAUAGCAAAGACGCAUUAAAGACUGUGCUGAAGAGUGAUUCUCUAGUUUCUUACCCUGGAAACAAGAUAAUCGUAGAGAAAACAGGUACCUACGUCAUCUUUAUUGCUCUGACGCAGACGUCUAUUCGUCAAGGUGACGUAAGUGUCUGCAUCAUUAGAUUCAGAGAGAGGGAAGAAAAACUGUUGAGAGUUUCCAUGCAGACCAUACGUGGGAUAUUGACCUAUAAUGCUGCGCAUGUAUCCGAAGUGUUUCAUUUGAAAAGUGGGGAUUCUAUUGUAAUUCAAAUGAAAGGAGAAGAAAAUUUAUACACUCUAAAAGAGUCCAACUAUUUUGGUUUGUACAGAGUUAGCUAAAUAAAGACAACUUUAUGCAAGCAUGUUUUGCUCAAUAGCGUGUAAUGGAUCCAGACAUCCCCCUUUGUAGUAUGACUGCAGUGUCAUGAGAACGUAUAUUUACGGGAUAGUGCUGGAUUUUUCUCCCUUUUUAUCAACAGAACGCCGAGGACGCUGUACAUAAAGUGAUGAAGGAGGAACAAUUACCAGUAUUAGUGCUUCCAGUCAACUGUAAGCUCAUAUGAUCUCAAAAUAUAAAAUGGCAAGCUACGGUACAAAUAUUUAAAUAAUACAAACAGCCUAAUCAAAAACAAAACAAAAACUUUAUUAUUAGUAUUUAUUCUUUGAAUAUUAUGAAGUGAUCCUUGGUUGGGGCAUGAUCAGAUCUGAUGAAGCACACAUACUUUACGAUCGAGUUGAUCACGCCCCGAUCGUAAAGUUCAGAUCACCUCAUGUUAUUCAAAGACAUUCUUUAUUACUUAUAUUCAUUCAUAUGACUUUCAUUAAUUUCAUGACUUUACUAUUGUACGUUCGUUAUUUUCAUUUCGAAUAAUUAUGCAAAUCCCGCUUGCGUCUCAACAGUGCGUCAUUUGCAUCAUUGGUGAAAAUUAUUGACAUUUACGUUACAAUUUUUUUAGGGUCGUCAGUGUUAUCACUAAAAAAGGCACCUAAAAUUGUAAAGAAUUUAAAACAAUACAUUAGUUUACAUAAUGUGGGAAAAUCAUGUUUUACAUAACAACAGAUAUGUACACAGAGAGAGAGAGAGAGAGAGAGAGAGAGAGAGAGAGAGAGAGAGAGAGAUGUCUUAAUAAAUUUUUUGCAUGAACGUAUUCAUUUCAGCCUUAUCGAAUGUAAUUGUGUAUAAUAAUAAACAGAUAUUGCAUUAAUAUAUUAAAGGAAUAAUGAAUCUUGAGCUGCAUGAGCAAACAUGGUCGGAGUGAUCAAACCCAAGAGAGCUCUAAGAGCUUUAUGAUAGAUUAGAACACGUCCGACCGUAGUUGAUCACCUCAUAAUAUUUAAAGAAUGAUUCCAUUCCUUAGUACUUAUAUAAUUUUCAGCAAUUGAACGAUUGAAUAUUGAAAUAUUCAUUGAUGAAAUGUAAUGGUUUAUAUAUUACAGAAUCGAUUCGUAGUGUUAUCACAAAGACACUGGAAAAUAUAAAUAUAUAUCAAUAAAAUUAAAAAUAAAUAUAAUUAUAUUGAAAUUUGCAUGUCAUUGUUUGUAAAUAUUGUAUAAAUAAAGAACUCAAAACCAU